AUGAGCGGGAUGCUGAAGAUGUCGGCGUCGUUGCUGCCGCGGAAACUGCCCGGAGCUGCGACAUUGAACAAGUUGGGCCUGUCGAUCCUCAGCAAUCGCAAACUGCACCACACGCCGGACGAUCGAGCUAAGGUUUCCGCCGACGCGAUCUCCAAACACUACCCGUUGGUGGAUCACACGUACGACGCGGUGGUGGUGGGAGCCGGCGGCGCCGGUUUGCGCGCGGCAUACGGUUUGGUGGCCGAGGGCUUCAGGACCGCGGUGAUAACCAAGCUGUUCCCGACGAGGUCGCACACCGUGGCCGCCCAGGGCGGCAUCAACGCCGCCUUAGGUAACAUGGAGGACGACAACUGGCAAUGGCACAUGUACGACACGGUAAAAGGCUCGGACUGGCUUGGUGACCAGGACGCCAUUCACUAUAUGACCCGCGAGGCGCCCAAGGCGGUCAUCGAGUUGGAGAACUGCGGCAUGCCGUUCAGCCGAACAACCGACGGCAAGAUUUAUCAACGCGCCUUCGGUGGUCAGUCGCUCAAGUUCGGCAAGGGUGGCCAGGCUCACAGAUGCUGCUGCGUGGCCGACAGAACCGGCCACUCGUUGCUGCACACGCUCUACGGCCAGUCGCUGAGCUACGACUGCAAUUACUUCGUCGAGUAUUUCGCCCUCGAUCUGCUGAUGGAGGGUGGCGAGUGUCGGGGUGUGAUCGCUCUCUGUCUCGAGGACGGAACGUUGCAUCGUUUCCACGCAAAGAACACGGUGCUCGCCACGGGUGGCUACGGGCGCGCCUACUUUUCUUGCACGUCCGCGCACACCUGCACCGGUGACGGCACCGCCAUGGUGUCCAGAGCCAAUCUGCCCAAUCAGGAUUUGGAAUUCGUACAAUUCCAUCCCACAGGUAUUUACGGCGCUGGAUGUCUCAUCACGGAAGGAAGCCGCGGCGAAGGCGGUUAUCUGAUUAACAGCGAGGGCGAGAGGUUCAUGGAACGCUACGCGCCGGUAGCCAAGGAUCUAGCGUCGCGAGACGUCGUGUCGAGAUCAAUGACUAUGGAGAUAAGAGAGGGCAGAGGCGUUGGACCCGAGAAAGAUCACAUCUACUUGCAACUGCAUCAUCUGCCGGCUGAACAGCUGGCUACUCGUCUACCGGGUAUCUCGGAGACUGCGAUGAUAUUUGCCGGCGUCGAUGUGACUCGAGAACCGAUUCCUGUGAUACCUACCGUCCAUUACAACAUGGGAGGUGUACCGACGAAUUAUAAGGGUCAAGUGUUGACCAGAGAAAACAAUCAGGAUAAGGUCGUGCCCGGAUUGUACGCGUGCGGCGAAGCAGCCUGUGCGUCCGUGCACGGCGCCAACCGACUGGGUGCUAACUCGUUGUUGGAUCUGGUUGUGUUCGGGCGCGCUUGCGCCAAAACCAUCGCCGAGGAGAACAAGCCGGGAGAAACAAUUGGAUCUCUGAAAUCUAACGCCGGCGAGGAAACGGUCGCCAAUUUGGACUGGGUGAGAAAUGCCAACGGCUCGAUUUCCACCGCGGAACUGAGACUGACCAUGCAAAAAACCAUGCAGACGCACGCAGCGGUCUUUAGAGACGCCGAAAGCUUACAAGAAGGCUGUCGGAAGAUGACCGACAUCUACAAGAAACUCGACGAGAUCAAGGUCGCCGACAGGUCUCUGAUAUGGAAUUCCGAUCUCGUGGAAACUCUCGAACUGCAAAAUCUCAUGGUCAACGCGAUGCAGACCAUCGUGUCCGCCGAAAACAGAAAGGAGAGUCGUGGCGCGCACGCGCGCGAGGAUUACAAAAUCAGAAUUGACGAAUACGAUUACAGCAAACCGACCGAAAAUCAACAACCGAAACCGCUCGAUCAACAUUGGAGGAAGCAUACGCUGUCGACAAUUAAUCCGAGAACGGGAGAGGUGUCCAUCGACUACAGACCGGUGAUCGAUGUUACGCUCAAUCAACAGGAAUGCGCAACGGUUCCACCAGCGAUUCGUUCUUACUAGACGAUUCUAUUCUUUAGGCUUUAUAUAAUUAUCUACAAACGGACAAUUAAAACAUCAUUCUAGGAUACUUAUCAGCAAUUUUUUUUCUUUUUUUUUUUUGUAUCUGAAAAACAGCGGAAUUUGCCUACUACUUGUGCGACACACAUCUAUUAAUUUAUUUCACAUACGUACAUGCACAUUCACGGAAACGUCAUCGUGCGCCAAAGUUUGAUUCUUGUCAUCGCUUGCGCUGCUUCUGGGAGACGCGAGCGCGAUUAGUGACCUUUUAUAGAGAAUGCCGGUGCUGAGAUUAAUAUUGUCUCUUCUUUGCGGAGGAGCUCGUCAAUAUCACAUUUAGCAAAUAGUGUUCAGUUUUAACAUAAAAUAAAAUAGUCAAAUCUUAUAGAAAAUAGUACCAGAGAUUGAGAGAGAGUACAAAUGUAAAGAAAAGAAAUUCUCUCUUUUCAGUAAUAUAAAACAGUCCAUUUGGGUACGCGAUCUGUUUUUAAUUGCGCUCAAGCCACAGUAUGUAUUAUAAUAUUACAUCGUAUUGUAUUGCGUGCAGUAACGCGCGCUCGGUAAUGGUAGAACAUUAUCAACUCGGUCUCAACAUUGAACUUCUGUAUUGUAAGUUUUUAGUGAGAAUUUUUGACAAAAGCUUUGCUGGGGAAAAAGUUAUAUGUUCGAAAUUAAUAUUUUCUUUGUUUUUGCAGGUGUGUGGAUUUAUUCAACCAUUAUUUAC